AUGUGUGUAUCAAUAACGGCUGAGCAGUACCAAAAUUUUACUGAAGAAGAGAAAGGUAAAUGGGUUUGUCCAGAAUGCCGGUGUAAUAUUCCGAAAGUAGACAACACCAAUACACCGAUUCGGGGAGUUUGCGUAAUGGACAAAUCGUUUUCACCGUCUUUUUAUGUGAACAAAGAACGAAGAGAUCGUCACAAUUACCGCGAAGUAUGUAACGAUAGUAGGAUUAUAGAGGAGAUCCGAGAGUUCCGCAUGGAAAUGAUUUCUCGGCUCGACGAUCAAAUGAAGGAAUAUAAACGGCUAGAAAAAAGAUUUAUUAAUACCGAAACUGAGCUGCGGGAAUUAAAAAAUAUUAUGAAAGUAGUACAGCAAAAAGCAAAUAAGGUGGAUGAGUUGGAGGAGCGUAUUAAAAACUUACAGAAAUAA